AUGAUAAACAAUAUAAAUAGAAUAAAGAAAACUUAUAAUACAUUUUUAAAUGUUAAUAAAUUAAGAUAUUCAACCUCAAUAAUAUCUUCAAAUAUUUUAGAAAAUGAUAAUAAUAAUAUUGAUGAUUUUGAACAGGUUUUAAAGAGUACAAAAGUAAGAAUGCCAACAUCAGCUUUAUUAUUACCAAAGAAACCUAAAGUUUGUAUUGGUAUGUCUGGUGGCGUAGAUUCAACAAUUACUGCAAAAUUAUUAAAAUUACAGGGUUUUGAUGUUACUGGUGUUUUUAUUAAAAGUUGGGAUGAAGUUGAAGAUACUGGUAGAUGCCAAGGCGAACGUGAUUGGAAAGAUGCUUUAGAAGCUUCAAAUUUUUUAGAUAUACCAAUGUAUAAAGCAGAUUUUGUAAAAGAUUAUUGGAAUAGAGUUUUUGUAGAUUUUUUAAAAGAUUAUAAAAAUGGGUUGACCCCAAAUCCAGAUGUAUGGUGUAAUAGAGAAAUUAAAUUUGAUUUAUUUUUUGAUUUUGCAAAAGAGAAUUUUGGUGUUGAUUAUAUUGCAACAGGUCAUUAUUCAAAUCUAUAUUAUGGUGAAGAAAAUGUUGGUGAUAAUAAUAAUAAUAAUUUACAAUUACAUAGAGCAAUUGAUAAAAAUAAAGAUCAAACAUUCUUUUUAUGUAUGACAAAAGGUGAAAGAUUAAAACAAGCAAUCUUCCCAAUUGGUGGAUUUACAAAGGAAAAUAUUGUUUCAUUUGCAAAAACUAUACCAAAUUUCUCAAAAAUUACAUCAAAAAAAUCAAGUAGAGGAAUUUGUUUCAUUGGAAAAAGACCUUUACCUGAUUUUCUAUCACAAUAUAUGACUUUAAAACCUGGAGAUUUCUUUGAUAUUUCAACAAACUCAUUCAUUAAAGGUAAAAAACACAAAGGUUCAGUUUGUUAUACAAUGGGUCAAAAAGCAAAUAUUGAUUCUUUAUCAGAAAGGUAUUUUAUAGUUAGAUCAGAUAUUGAAAGAAAUAUUGUAUAUGUUUGUCCAGAAUCACAAUUUGAUCAAUUUUCACUUUAUUAUGAAUUUAAUACACAUUCAUUCAAUUGGAUAAAUGAAAUACCGACUGAAGUUAAAUCAGAACAAGGUUUUAAAGGAAGAGGAAUUUGUAGACAUCGUGGUGAUGUAGUUAAUUUAACAAUUAAAGAUACUGGUAAAACUUCACCAAUAGAUGGUAGUGUUAUUUAUUCUGUUAAUUUAGAUCAACCAUUAAGAAGUGUCGCCUCUGGUCAAAUACUUUGUCUUUUUGAUAGAAAUACUGAUAGAUGUUUUGGUGGUGGUGUAAUUAACUCUUCUCCAUUAUAUAAUCCAACCCAAUUUUAA